GAGACGCCUCGAUCCCGCAUCUCUUUUUCCGCGGCUGCUGGGGUUGGGAGCUUCGACGGCCCUUAUCCGGCUACUUCUUCGCACUGGGGAAGGCUCUGGACUGUUAUUUUGGGAGAGGUCCUGGUCCGUGUGUUUAUGAGAUUAGACCUAGCUACUCCCUCUUGGGAAUGGGAGGGCAGCCCGGCCCUAGUGCCCGCUAGAUCCCCGGGGCCCGGUGCUGUGGGGCGGGCGGAGGCGGCGGCCCAAGCUAAGAGCGACCAGGCUGCGUGAAGCUGUCCGCGGGGCGCUGAUGGCCGGACGCAUCCUGGGAAAGACUUUAGCCACCGUGUCGCUCUCUGUGGCCUUGGCCUCUGUGACUGUUAAGUCCGCGGGCUUUCUCAGCGUCCCGGAGUGCAGAAACUCAUUUUCAUCCUGUGAAUUUCAUCUUAGCUCCAACAUCAUGUCUGCUUCUAAUGGUGCCAAAGAGAAUUCUCACAACAAGGCUAGGACAUCUCCUUACCCAGGUUCCAAAGUUCAACGCAGCCAGGUUCCUAAUGAGAAAGUAGGCUGGCUUGUUGAGUGGCAAGACUAUAAUCCUGUGGAAUACACUGCACUCUCUGUCUUGGCUGGACCUAGGUGGGCAGAUCCUCAGAUCAGUGAAAGUACCUUUUCUCCCAAGUUUAAUGAAAAAGAUGGGCAUGUUGAGAGAAAGAGCCAGAAUGGCCUGUAUGAGAUUGAAAAUGGAAGACCUAGAAAUCCUGCAGGACGGACAGGAUUGGUUGGCCGAGGGCUUUUGGGGCGAUGGGGCCCAAAUCAUGCUGCAGAUCCCAUCAUAACUAGGUGGAAAAGGGAUAAAAGUGGAAAUAAAAUCACCCACCCCAUUUCUGGGAAAAACAUCUUACAGUUUGUUGCAAUCAAAAGGAAAGACUGUGGAGAAUGGGCAAUCCCAGGGGGGAUGGUGGAUCCUGGGGAGAAGAUCAGUGCUACACUGAAAAGAGAAUUUGGUGAGGAAGCUCUCAACUCCUUACAGAAAUCCAGUGCUGAAAAGAGAAAAUUGGAGGAACAGUUGCACAAACUCUUCAGCCAGGAACAUCUAGUGAUAUAUAAAGGAUAUGUUGAUGAUCCUCGAAACACUGAUAAUGCAUGGAUGGAGACAGAAGCCGUGAACUAUCAUGACGAAACAGGUGAGAUCAUGGAUAACCUCACCCUCGAAGCUGGAGAUGAUGCUGGAAAAGUGAAGUGGGUGGACAUCAAUGAUAAACUCAAGCUCUAUGCUAGUCACUCUCAGUUCAUCAAACUAGUUGCAGAGAAGAGAGAUGCACACUGGAGCGAGGACUCUGAAACUGACUGCCGUGGAUUAUAGCUCACAACCUCCAUGUAAACCAGAAUUCAGCAAAGGAGCAUGUACUGAAAAGACGGCACUGUCACAGAACUGAUACUAGCAAGAGGGCAGGGUUGAUGACUUGGAAAUAAUUUUGUUCACUUUUAAAAUGAUUUUCAUUUAGGUUUUACAUCAGAAUAAAAUUAGAUAUGGUGAAAUCCAAUAUGGUAUUUUUGGCUCUCGAGUCAAAAGAAAUAUAAUCAUAUUUUAUAUGUAUUCUAUUUAAGCAUGCCUUUAAACCAAAUUUAAACAACUUUGAUGCUCUUUGCUUUUUGGCGGGAGGAUUUAAGUUUUGUUUAUUGAAAAUCAUUAAAACAUAUGUAGUCAGGAGAUGCUAUGUUACACAUAGGUGGUAUCUGUUCUGGUAGUUCUGUAUUUGUUAAGUACUAGUUCUCAGCAUGAAAGUUGUUGUGAUGCUAUGAUAGCAAGGGGGCAUGUUAAGUGUGCUGACUUAUUUUUCAGAACCAAAUUAACCCAUUAGCCUCUAUCAAAAGUUUGAAAUUUUUUUCAGAGACUCUAACUCUGUUUUUUGAACCAUUGCUCUAAUAUAAAAAAAAUGGAGCACAGCCUUAAGGACAACAAAAAAAUAAACUACAAUGGACAGACAUUAUGCCAUUGGCACUCCAGGCCUUCCCUCACACAUGAAGAAGGGGCUAUGCAGGUAGAACUUUAGGUGGCCCAGGUCCCAGGGGUUCCCCGGCACUGAAUAAUGUGUACUUUCUGUCUGUAUGCAUGUUCUCACUCCACCUUAAAUGCUGCUAUCCUGCACUGCUUUACAGGUAAAGUAGGACUUGAUGUUCUCUUGAAGGUAAGUUUCUGGUCAGCUAUAACUUCUGCUUUCAGUCCGGUCUUUGUCAGUUCUUUUUUUGUUGUUGUUUCCCUUGCUUUUCUGUGGCCUGAGGAUGUUUCUGCCAUAUCAAGCUCCAUUAGGAGGAGCACCAACAUUGUGUAAUCUGAGUUAUCUUUUAAUGAUUUGCUUCACAUUUUGCUUUAUAUGAUCUUGUUGAAGCUGAUUUCAAAAAUGGGAACUUUAUAUAUUCUUGUCUUUAGAAGCUUCAGUUUUAUGAGGAAAUUUCAGCCCUCUUAGUCAAUAAAGAUCAAUGAAUAAGAGUUUAUGUUCUCAUUUUCAAAAAUUCUAAGGUAAAAAUAUAUCCAAGAAAUUAGUAAUCUACAUUAAUAUAUUUAUCUUACUCUAUUGAUUAUAACUGUAUAUGUUAUAAAUGAAUUAAAAUAGAUGUUUAAAAAGGAAUUAGAAUCAGAGACAGAUGGAGGUCUUGGGUUAGUUGCUUUUGUUAGGGCAUAUUAGGGAUUGAAAUAGUCUUUUGAGGGACUCACUGUUAAUUUAAUUUCCAGAGAAAAAGAAUGCUCUUGGGAGCAGGGGGGAGGAAGGAAAAUAAAAGUGCUUUGUCUCAGUGAAUAUGCAUCUCAUAUCCUGGCUAAGAUAUCUAUUGGGAAAAUGCCAUGAUUAUCAACUGCUAAACUAAAGUGGGGUCUGUCUUAGUUCCAUCUUCAUUCCAGAUGGACAACAGAUGAAGCAUUUGAAGAAAAGGAGGUUUAGAGAAUACAGACAUGGUUGUUUUUUCUUUAGACAUUUGAGAAUAGUAUUAAGCUUACUUGUAGCUAGAGGACAGAACUAGGGCUAAGGUAAAACAAAAGGUUUAGGGUUUUUUUUCUCCCCUGAUUUGGUGGUAAAACUGAACUG